GUUUUCUCAAAUAAUGAUGAAGCCCUUAUUAACAAAAAACUACCCAAAGAACUUCUGUUAAGAAUAUUUUCUUUCUUGGACAUAGUUACUUUGUGUCGAUGUGCACAAGUUUCCAAGGCAUGGAAUGUUUUAGCUCUGGAUGGAAGCAAUUGGCAAAGAAUAGACCUCUUUAACUUUCAAACGGAUAUAGAGGGUCGUGUUGUGGAAAAUAUAUCGAAAAGGUGUGGUGGGUUCCUGAGACAACUUAGUCUGAGAGGAUGUCUUGGUGUUGGAGACUCCUCUUUAAAGACGUUUGCACAGAACUGUAGAAACAUCGAACACUUAAAUCUAAAUGGGUGCACAAAAAUCACUGACAGCACGUGUUACAGUCUUAGCAGAUUCUGUUCCAAGCUGAAACAUCUGGAUCUGACAUCUUGCGUAGCAAUCACAAACAGCUCUUUGAAAGGCUUAAGUGAGGGUUGCAGAAAUCUGGAACAUUUGAAUCUUUCCUGGUGUGAUCAGAUUACGAAGGAUGGUAUUGAAGCACUGGUGAAAGGGUGUAGUGGACUAAAAGCUCUAUUUCUUAGAGGUUGCACACAGUUAGAAGAUGAAGCAUUGAAACACAUUCAAAAUCACUGUCAUGAACUUGUAAUCCUGAAUUUGCAAUCCUGUACACAAAUUUCAGAUGAGGGCAUUGUAAAAAUCUGUAGAGGAUGUCAUAGACUUCAGUCGCUCUGUGUUUCAGGCUGUAGCAACCUUACAGAUGCUUCUCUCACAGCGCUUGGUCUAAACUGUCCAAGGCUGAAGAUUUUGGAAGCUGCAAGAUGUUCACAUCUUACAGAUGCUGGUUUUACCCUUUUAGCACGGAAUUGCCACGAGCUGGAGAAGAUGGACUUGGAAGAAUGUGUUUUGAUAACUGACAGCACAUUGAUACAACUUUCCAUACACUGUCCUAAGCUACAAGCAUUGAGCUUAUCUCACUGUGAAUUGAUCACUGAUGAUGGGAUUCUUCAUCUGAGCAACAGUACGUGUGGCCACGAGAGGCUGCAGGUGCUGGAGCUUGAUAACUGUCUUCUCAUCACUGAUGUGACUCUGGAACACCUGGAGAACUGCCACAACUUGGAGAGAAUUGAGCUGUAUGACUGCCAGCAAGUCACGCGAGCUGGAAUCAAACGAAUCAGAGCUCAUCUACCUCACGUGAAAGUUCAUGCUUACUUUGCCCCAGUAACUCCCCCUCCUUCGGUAGGAGGGAGCGGACAGCGCCUCUGCAGAUGCUGUAUUAUUCUUUGACAGUAAGUGCAACCACACAGAUAAGUUUGUUGUUGUUGUUGAAGACAAGAAUGGGACUGCAAAUCAGUGGAAGGAGUCGGUUUCCUGACAGUCCCUAAUGGUGGUGUUUGGUCAUCCAGUUUUGUGACAAGAAAAGCAUUUUUUUCCAGGUAAAAACCUUAACGUAAUGUGCAGCUGUGGAUUAAGUUGGUGAUGCUUCGGUUUGUAUUAGUAACUCCUUCCUUCUGUUGGCAUGAGAACUGAAGUACUGUGUAAAAUGUGCGGGCAUUUCAGCAUAGCAGCUACUUGGUGAAAGUUCACUAAACUUGGAAGUUAACUUGCAUUUGUAAGCACUAUUCAGUGUGAAGUUCUAACAUAAUGUGGGGCUCAAGUCUGUCACACCAAGGAACUGAACCUGCCGAUCUGUAAUAUACAUGACAGAUUAAAUAUCAGGUUUAAGGACAAAUCAGCUUUAGCAGAUGUUGACCAAAAAACGCAAGGUAAUCAUGAGCUCUUACAGCAAAACAGC